UGGUCUCCGUGGUCGCCGUGGUCGCCGUGGUCGCCGUGGUCGCCGUGGUCGCCGUGGUCACCAUGGUCACCGUCAUGGCCAUUGUCACCGUCGUGUCCGUUGCCACCAUGUCCGCCAUGACCGCCAUGUCCGCCAUUACCACCGUUGCCGCCGUUGCCGCCGUGACCACCAUUGCCUCCAUUACCGCCGUGACCACCGUUGCCGCCAUUGCCGCCAUUGCCGCCAUUGCCGCUACCGCCACCGCAGCCAGAGUGAUGAGAGCCACAGCCACCUUCAUGGUCCCAAUCUUCAUCAUCGUCAAAGUCAUUGUCACUAUCAUCACCACCCCAGCUAUCAUUAUCCCAUUCAUCAUCAUCGUCGUCGGAAUGGUGGUGUCCAACAGAACCGUGGUGAUCGCCACCGUGGUGAUGACCAACGUCACUACCAUCAUGACAAGGGGCAGCAGAAGUAGCAACUACCAUCAAAGCGAGAGUAAAAAUGCAGAUUUUAGUAAGACGUGCCAUUUAUCGAAUAUAUUGAUAAUGAAAAAAAAUUGGACAAGAUCAAGUCCAUUAUAUAUAUACUCAAUUCGUAAAGAGUGAGGAGUUAUUUUGACCUCCUUUUGGUUCUUGAUCUCCUUUUGUUUACAAGAAUGUAAAAAUCCAGACUUAAAGAAGACAAUUAAUAUGAUUGGAACUGACGAAUAAAAAAUAAAAAAAGAGAGUGCAUAAAGGAGCAAAAGGGGACCGCAUAAAAGAGAGAAAAGGGGAAAUCUGGAUAGCAUAGUGAAGUUUGCAUACAGUGUUUGAAUAUAGGAGAAAAAAGUGAUACUCCACGUGUAUAAACUUUAGUUCUUUACCGUAACUUUAAAAGAUACAUGUAUGAAAGUAUAAUUGCGGUAUGUUCCAUUACUUCCAUUUCAUGUUUGAAAUAUGAAAAAGAAAGUUUUCUAAGCCAAAUGUCGAUCUUUAUCAUAUCAUUUUACUUUUGUUUAAUAGGUUGACCCUAUUUUUGGAUAUAUUUGGUUAAAGCAAAC